GCCCGCCGUCCUUCCCUCCCGACAGAGCUGCUGCCUAACCCCCUGCCAUGGGUCGACAGAAGGAGCUGGUGUCCCGCUGCGGGGAGAUGCUUCACAUCCGUUACCGGCUGCUGCGCCAGGCGCUUGCUGAGUGCUUGGGGACCCUCAUCCUCGUGAUGUUUGGCUGUGGCUCUGUGGCCCAGGUUGUGCUCAGCAGAGGCACCCAUGGAGGUUUCCUUACCAUCAACCUGGCCUUCGGCUUUGCUGUCACUCUGGGCAUCCUCAUUGCUGGUCAGGUUUCUGGGGCCCACUUAAACCCUGCUGUGACCUUUGCCAUGUGCUUCCUGGCACGUGAGCCUUGGAUCAAGCUGCCCAUCUACACCCUGGCUCAGACGCUGGGAGCCUUCCUGGGUGCUGGGAUCGUUUUUGGGCUGUAUUAUGAUGCCAUCUGGGCCUUUGCCAGCAAUGAGCUUAUAGUCUCGGGCCCCAACGGCACAGCUGGUAUCUUCGCCACCUAUCCCUCUGGACACUUGGAUAUGGUCAAUGGCUUCUUCGACCAGUUCAUUGGCACAGCCUCCCUCAUUGUGUGUGUACUGGCCAUUGUUGACCCUUACAACAACCCUGUCCCCCGUGGCCUGGAGGCCUUCACCGUGGGCCUGGUGGUACUGGUCAUUGGCACCUCCAUGGGCUUCAACUCUGGCUAUGCUGUCAACCCUGCCCGAGACUUUGGCCCCCGCCUCUUCACCGCCAUCGCUGGCUGGGGCUCUGAAGUCUUCACGACCGGCAAGCACUGGUGGUGGGUACCCAUUGUCUCCCCGCUCUUGGGCUCCAUUGCCGGGGUCUUCGUGUAUCAGCUGAUGAUUGGCUGCCACCUGGAACAGCCCCCACCUUCCACGGAGCAGGAGAAUGUGAAACUGGCCCACAUGAAGCACAAGGAGCAGAUCUGAGUGGGCAGGGGCUGCCUCCACUCCCUCCUUCCUUGAGCACCCACUGACUUUGUAAGGGCCUCUCCUUAGACACCCCUCGUGACCUCCCUCCCAGGCUAAAAAGCUUCCUGCCUACCUACACCUCGAUGGACAGAGCCCCCUUAAGGAUUUUCCACUGGACCCUGCUCAAAUGGGACCUCAGGCCACUGCCCUUAAGCUAUGGUGGGACAGGGAGCAGGGCCAACACUUCCCUUUGUGUCACAAAGGGGGAAAAUGGGCAGCAGAUGUGUGUGUGCAUGUGUGCAUGUGUGUGUGU